AGCUAUUGCAACCGAUAUUUCCUGGUGUCGGUCGAUCCGUUUUUCGUUUCCUGCCGGCGUCAGCAGGAGAAAAGUAAACCAAAGAUCGCUGAGAGUCCCGAUCCGAUAGCGCGUGCUGCAGUGAGGUGAACAUGCUUCCAUUAUGGUGCCUCCUGGUGCUGGCCUCUGGGACGACGACGCUGGCCCAGCAUCCUUCACCGUUCGAGACGGUGAAACAGUGGAACCUGCUGAGCUACAAUUUCCCCUGGGACUAUCCAACGUCCAACAAGAACUUUUACAAUCCGGAAAACGUGGUGGCCACCGGCAUGGAGGUGGGCUACGAUCGCAUCUUCAUCGCUACGCCGCGUCUUUUUUCGGGUGUUCCUGCUACCCUUUCUUCGAUUUCGAGAGGAAGCUUGGGCGAUUCGCCAACACUGCAGGCCUAUCCCUCCUGGAGUCACCAUCGGGCGGGAACGAACGAGUACAACUGCUCGGAGAUUGGACUGGUUUCGGUUUACCGGAUACGCAUUGAUUCGUGCAACCGCCUGUGGGCGCUGGAUGCUGGUGUAUCGCGCUCGCUAGAAGACUUCGAAGUCACCUGUCCACCGAAGAUAUUGGUCUACGAUCUGCACACCGAUCAGGUCGUACGCCGGAUCGACUUUCCUCCCGAAGUGAUCCGCGGAGAAUCGCUCUAUACGAACAUCGUCGUCGAUGAGACCACCUCGCAACCGCAAAACAAUUGUGACGACGUGUUCGUCUACAUCACGGACACGGUAGCUCCGGGCAUUGUCGUGUAUGAUAGUGCCAAGGAUCUUACCUGGCGCCUGUCUCAUCCGGCCAUGUAUCCCGAUCCAGACUUUGCCGAGUCCAGCAUCCUCGAACAUCGUUUCACGCUGAUGGAUGGUGUGGUUGGGUUGGCCUUUGAUCCCGAAACGGACACGCUGUACUUCCAACCGUUGGCCACGGAUCGUUUGUUCUCUGUAAGCACAUCUGCCUUACGAGGAGGUCCACUGCCCUUCGGUAAGGAUCUACCGGUGAAACUCGUUGGUCGUAAAUCGUCCCAAGGUAUCGGGUUAGCGGUAGCACCACGUGGUGGAACAAUAUUUUAUUCGCCGCUAUCGGAAACGGCCGUCGCUUCCUGGAACCCCCGUACUAACGAGCAUAGCAUUCUGGCACAAGAUCAAGAGAAGAUUCAGUUUGCGGCUGAUCUUCGAACACCGGAUCGCGAUGAAACUGCGCUGUAUGUACUCACGUCCAAGUUCCAUCGGUUCUUCCUGAAAAACCUCGAUGCAAAUGAGUUCAAUACACGCAUCCUGCGCAUCGAUGGAGUCAUCCCACCAUCCUCUGCUCCGCCCUCAGCAACACGCCAACGUUUUACAUCAGGCCACAUAAACUAUGGUCCUCUUUCGGGCGCUUUUUACAAGCCUUCCCCGCCGACGGUCACCAGUCCCUAUGAUCCGUUGUCCAAUCCUUUCCAUCCUGCGAAGGUACCAGCCGUUGGUGCACCAACGGUAGGAGCCAAAACGUAUGCCUCCUUCGUACAGAACUUUUACGGCAAACAACCGUUCAGCUACGAGUCCGUACCCAUCAUCGACAAGAGCAAACCGGUGAAUCCUUUUUUCGUGUUGAACAGCGGCGAAAAGACUUUCCCACCGCCCCAUGUGCCGAGACCACAGUUUGGACUGAACGGGGAAAUAUUCAUACCGAAGGUCAACCAACACUUUAACGACUUUAACGGAUUGCGGUACCCGAAAAGCAUACGAGCAAACCUUACAUCUUCGCCUUUCUCCUAAAUUCCCACUGCAUCCUGCAUUUUGUAAAAAAAACAUACACGAAGCUCCCCACAUUUUUCUUAUCACCUGCUAAACAUAUGUACAUAUCUUUUGCUUCGCUAAAUCAUUAAUCACCAUUUUCUCACCGCAAUUGAGUACUUAGCUUCUGGCACGCAUAGCACCAAGUCUACAUUGCUUAGAAAGCGCACCUACUCGGUUACAGGAGCCCGCUGGCCAGUGCAGGCCAUACGGCAAAUCGUAACUCUUCCGGUUCCUUUUUUAAAACCUUUUCUCAUCGCCACGGAGGGAAGGAAAGAAAGAACCCCGGAAGGUCACACAUGUUUCGCUAAUCAUGAACCACAGUGUGGUUUGCAAUCUCGAUAUUUAUCUCAUGCCCAUUCGUGUCCAUUCGAACCCAGGCCACCCCAUUCAUGCAUUAUUUCAUUAGGAAAGCGAGAGAAGUUAAAU